GUACCUUAUUUUAUUUUUAUUUUUUAUUUACCUUAUUUCUUAUUUCAUGGUACAUAAAAAUAUACUCUGCCCUGCCUUAUUUAUGACUAUGAGCCAUCCAAUCAGGAUUGGGAUUACAAAUUUUUGAUUUAAUUUUUAUAAAAUAUAAAAUGUUCUAAUUUUAUUUAAUUAGUUCUACAUUGAUAGUGUGCUGUUUUCGAUCAUUCACAUUAGGUCUGGCUUGUUAGGUGAUAAUUGAAUAACUGUUUAUUUUUAUUUUGGUUAAACAUGAGCCACAUUUUAAACAAAAGUGCCUGCGAUAAAGAUGUGAAUAUUUCGGAAUUGACGGAACUAUUACCAUUCUGGAAAACUUACAUCUUAGAAGCAAAGUUGAUUGACAAAGAAACUUCACCACAGCUGCAUUUAAAAUUCCUAAUAGAUGCCCACAAUGUUGAGGAGAUCAGAAAAUGGCUUGCAGAAUUACAGGAGUCUAAUAAAACUACUUAUUCCAUCUAUGCAACCAUGAGAACAGCUGGCAAAUACAUUAAUUUCAAACAGAGGUUGGUCUGCCAGCAUAAAACAAGACACAAAAAUGUCCACAACCCAACAGUGAUCAGUCGUUCUACCACCAAAAAUAUGAAUUGUCCUUCACGGUUGACAGUGGUGUUGCAUGCAAUAAAGUCUCGGUUCGGGGAAAGGACAAAGAAAGACAUGCAUUGUUGUGUAAGAUGCCAUGCGAAAUAACUUUCCUAGCUACACAUAACCAUGAUUUGACCAGCUAUGAUUCUCUUAAGUUUAGAAAAGUAAGUCCAGAAGUUAGAGCAAGACUAGUUGACCUGUUCCAAAAUGGUCAUUCCCCCAUUUCAGCACUGAAGGUAAUCAAGGAUGAUAUACAGUUAAACAAUGAAAAUUAUGAAGAGAUGCUGGUUGACAGACGGUAUUGUCCUACAUAUGAAGAUUGCUACUAUUUAUAUAAAAACCGUUUUAGAAAAAAAGCUACAUCGAGUAAUGUCGAAGGGAAGUAUGCGGAAUAUAUUAAAGUAUUACAUAAACGCGAUUAUUCCAUUGGUUCAAACUCAGAUGAAUCAUCAGAUACACAGGAUGAAGAUGAUCUUAACGAAAAUUUAGGCCAUGAAUUUGAAGCAUAUGAAGAUUUAAUGACAGUUGAAAGCGAUCCAGACAACUACUUAAUGCAAAAUGAUACUGAUAAUGAAGAAUAUUUGGUAAAAUUUGAAGGUGAUUCUGAAGAAAAUUUCAUACAAACUGAUAACGAAUAUAAGGAAUUUGUGAUAGAAAUAAGCAACGACCCAGAAGAAACUAUCGUGCAAGAUGAAAAUGUAGUGGAAACUAUCAUUGUGGACAAAGAUAUUACAAAGUUCAUCCCAGUCAGUAAUGAUAGAGAGGCAGCUAAAUCUGUUCUAUAUGACAUUAAUAAUAUAAUUGAUGAUUUUAUAGAGAAAUCACCAACAGAAACAAGAGUUGGUUUGGAGGCUUUGUACAAGACUUUAGUGAACAUAAAAGAUCCAUCUGCUUUUACAACAUGCUGCACUGUUUUUGGGUCUGUAAUGCAGUUCAAACCCAUAACAAGAAAAACCACUUUGUCUGAUGCAAAUGGUCUUGAAGAAGAUAGUUCAAGGAAAAUAUUAAAUGGUACGAUUAAGAAACCUAUUGUUGGACACAACCGAUCAAAGGAAAGACGGAAAGCUGCACUAUUACUGAAUAACAGUGGUUUACUUUGAUUUGGAAAAUUCACCGAAGUUCGUAUAAUAAAUUAUGACUGAUCUUGGAUGGAUGUUAGUCAUGGACGGACGAAAAAAAAACUCUUAGUUACAAAAUGUGAAUAGAACAACGCUGAUUUUAAAAAAUUAAAGAACCUAAAACAAGAAGAAGAGUACCAGAAGAAUAUCUACAUUUGUUAUUGUAAAUUUGAAUAAACAGUUUU